GUCUCCAGGCCGGAAGCGGCGGCGGCGGCGCAGGCGGGCGCGUGGGGACGGAGGCCGGGCGAGGCCAUGGCGCUGUACAGCGCGGCCGCCGCCGUCCUGCAGGGGCUGGAGCGCGGCGACGGCGGCAUCAAGAGCUUGGUGUACAACAGCCGUUUCCCGCACGUCCGGCAGCUGUACGCCCUGGUGUCCGAGACCCUUCGCUACUCCCCGGUGCUGGAGAAGCUGCUGGCUGGCGCCGCGCUGCUGCAGGCCGAGAAGAAGCUUCCCCCUCAGCUGGCGAAGGUGCUGGUGUACGACCUGCUCUUCGGCAAGGGCCUCAAGUGCGGGGGCCGCUGGAAGGCGCUGGCCCGGCGGCACCGGGCCCGGCUGGAGGCUGAGCUGGCCCGCCUGAAGGUGCAGCAGAAGGUGAGCCGGAACGAGGACCUCCUGGCCCCGGCGCAGGCAGCGAGCCCCGGCGCUCCCCAGGUGCCGCGCUACGUCCGAGUCAACACCCUGAAGACUUGUGUGGAUGAUGUGGUUGAGUUCUUCAAGCGCCAGGGCUACUCCUACCUGGGCAAAGCAGGCAGUGUGGAGGAGCUGAGGGCCCUGUCCGGGAAGAAAUUUGCGUUGGAUCUUCAUCUCCCAGAGCUGCUGGUGUUCCCUCCACAGACCGACCUCCAUGACAACCUUCUGUACACAUCUGGACACGUAAUUCUGCAGGACAAGGCCAGCUGCCUCCCUGCCUUCCUCCUCACCCCCACUGCUGGCUCCCAUGUCAUCGAUGCGUGUGCUGCCCCUGGAAACAAGACCAGCCACCUGGCUGCCAUCAUGAAGAACAAGGGCCAGAUCUUUGCCUUCGAUGUGGACACCAAGCGCCUGGCCACCAUGAACACCAUGCUGAUGCGGGCUGGGGUCACUGGCUUCCAGCUGACCCAGCAGGACUUCCUGACUGUGGAUCCCGGAGACCUCAAAUACAGCAAGGUGACCUAUAUCCUCCUCGAUCCGUCCUGCAGCGGCUCAGGGAUGGUGAACCGGGGGCCGAUGGAGGAGGCCGCUCCGAGCGCCGAGCGGCUGCAGGCCCUGGCUGGCUUCCAGCGCAAGGCCCUGAGCCAUGCCCUGAGCUUCCCGGCCCUCCAGCGCCUGGUCUACUCCACCUGCUCGCUGCACCGCGAGGAGAACGAGGACGUGGUGCAGGCUGUGCUGCAGGAGCGGGGCUCAGCCUUCAGGCUGGUGGAUCCCUUCCCUUCCUGGCCCUGCCGAGGCCUCCCUGCCUUCCCUGGGGCCGAGAGCUGCCUCCGUGCCUCUCCUGCAGACACGCUCACCCAGGGCUUCUUUGUGGCCAUGCUGGAGCGGUGUGAGGAAGGAGCUGCAGAGCCCAGCUCCCUGCCUGCAGCAGCUGAGAAGAACCUGCAGCAAGCAGCAGAGGGAAGGGAUCCAGGAGCAGCUCCCAAGAAGCGGAAGAGGAAAAAGCAGCGAGUGGAAGAACAUUGUUAGGACUGCAUAGUGCUGAGCUGGGGCUGCCAAGGAAGGCUCCUGGGCUGCCAAGGAAGGCUCCUCAGCUGCCACUGCUGCCUCAACAGCAGCAGGACCUCUGGACACAAGUAAAGCUUUGUGCCAGCUGCAGCCACAGUGAAAUCUUAUAACCCUGCUCUCCUGGGACUGACUGCCAAUCCCCAGCAGGUUUGCCCCAGCCCAGGUCUGGCAUUAGAGGCACAGCCUUGGGAAUCUGCAGAUAGCACCAGCGUUCAGCACAACUCCUCUUUCUGUACCCUGGAGGGCUGGAGUAUUCCAGCCGGAUCAAGGGUGUUAACUUUACCAUGUUGCCCCAAAAAAAUCCUUACAUCGUCUGGAUGAAGGGUUUUGGCUGUAGGGAUGAAACAGAUUAAAGUUUCUCUUUCUCCA